AUGGCUGAGAUCCGUCGCAAGCUUGUUAUCGUGGGUGACGGUGCCUGCGGUAAGACUUGUCUUUUGAUUGUCUUUUCCAAGGGAACCUUCCCUGAGGUCUACGUCCCCACUGUGUUCGAGAACUACGUCGCCGAUGUUGAAGUUGAUGGCAAGCACGUCGAACUCGCUCUUUGGGAUACUGCUGGCCAGGAAGAUUAUGACCGUCUCCGCCCCCUUUCCUACCCCGACUCCCAUGUGAUCUUGAUUUGUUUCGCAGUCGACUCCCCGGAUUCCCUGGACAACGUCCAGGAGAAGUGGAUUUCCGAAGUUCUUCACUUCUGCCAGGGUCUCCCCAUCAUCCUUGUUGGAUGCAAGGUUGAUCUCCGUCACGACCCUAAGACCAAUGAGGAGCUGAACAAGACCUCCCAGAAGCCUGUUUCCCCCGAACAGGGUGAGGAGGUUCGCAAGAAGAUCGGCGCCUACAAGUACCUCGAGUGCUCUGCACGGACCAACGAGGGUGUCCGUGAAGUCUUUGAGGCUGCAACCCGGGCCGCUCUUUUGACCAAGACUCAGAAGAAGAAUAAGAAGUGCACCAUCCUGUAA